AUGGCUGAUCAAGUUCGAACCACUGGUCCGCUAUUAUCGUCUUUAUUAGCGAUCGAUUAUGUUCGUUAUAUGAUAGAUGUCUGUGAAAAAAUAAUCGUUAUGCCGCCGGCUGAACUCGAAUGGGAUCCAGCUAUGACCAAUCCGUUUCAAGAUUCAGCCAAUACUUAUGUUCAAUUGCAAGAACGAAGUGUUCAUCCGAAUGAAACCAUAUCAAUAAUGGAAAUUAAUAAAAAUCAAUCAUCUUACAAUUUAUCGUAUUGUGAUACAAAAUAUACACAUUUUUGUCGACAACAGCUCAAUGUUUGCUCGCACGAUCAUCAACGCUAUCUGUAUUCAUAUCAUUUACGUAAAGAUAUUGAGUUAACACGAAGACAAAAUUCCGUUAAUACAAAAGAUCUAGAAAAUUCACUUAUUCAUUCGAAAGAUAUACUCAUUGAUUAUGAUCGUGCAUCUAGAACUGCUCAAGAAAAAUGGAUGAAACCGAGUUAUUUUCAAAAUUUCAAACAACGUUCAUUAAAUGUAUUUCAACGUUUUGUUUUCGAUCGUAAACAAAUAGAAUUUGAAGAUUUAUUAACUAAUAUUGUAAAUGCAUAUGAUAACCUUGUCACGCGAAAAUUACUUGAGAAAGAAAAGCGUUUAGCCGAAAAAGUAGUCAAAGUCUGCCAAUUACAUUCAUGUUCAUUAAAAUUCAGUAAAAAACAUCAUGGAUUUUUCUCACAUGUUGCUUCAACAUUUCGUUCAAUAUUUGAUAUAUCUGAAGAACCACCAUCGAAAUUCGAACUUGAUUACAGAGCACGCACAGAACGAUGCUCAGAUAUUUGUUUACAUUAUGUGAUAUCUUGA